AUGAGGACAGCCGUCCGCAACGCCCCAGGGCAACCUGCUCUGGUCCGUAACGCCAUGCCUGUUGCCGCCGCUAACUUUGCCACCGCCGUCGCACCCAAGGAGACCAAGAAGCGCGCUUCUUCCACCGCCACCAAGGCUAAGGCCAGCGCAUCCAAGGCUUCCGCUACCUCUGCUGUCGUCGGCGAUGCUGCUGCUGCUGCCACCACCACCACCAAGCGCGCUGGUGCCAAGGCCAAGGCUCCUAAGAAGGAGAAGCUCAAACCCUGGCAGGCACGCGGUACCGAUGGAAAGCUCCUCCCCCUUCCCUCGGCCAGCAAGCCCACCUUGCGUUCUUCGUUCCUGAUAUACAUGUCCGAACGCGUUGCUCAGCUCAAGGGUGAGCCUCUGUACCAGAAGACUUCGCCCAAGACCGGUGCUCAGGUCGUCGACAUUGUUAAGAUGGCCAAGGCUGUCGGUGCCGAGUGGGCUCAGCUUGCUCCUCAACUUAAGGCUCGUUACGAGGCUCAGCACGAACAGGAGAAGGAGCAGUACGAGCGUGCUCUUGCCGAGUGGAAGGCUGCUCUCUCCCCCGACGACAUCAAGCGUCAGAAUGCCUACAUUGCUUCGCAGAAGAAAAAGGGUAUCAAGGGUACCGCUUUCCUUCGUGACCCUGCCAAGCCCAAGCGUCCCAACUCGGCCUUCUUCGAGUUCCUCAACGACUUGCGUGCCAGGGAGACCGUGAUCCCCAACAUCACCGAGUUCAGCAAGCGUGGUGGUGAACGAUGGAAGCAGAUGGCCCCCGAGCAGAAGGCUCCCUACGAGCAGCGCGCGUUGCACGCUCUCGAGCAGUACAAGCGCGAUCUCGAGAUCUACAACUCUACUCGUGGUCCUGAGCUCUAA